UUUUUGCCCGUUACUUUUCUCCAUUGAUUCUAAUACCAGUUACGGGUUGUCAGGCAAUUGUUGUGUUUGUGAUCAGCAUACAUGCCUAUGCUUAUGAAAAAAGUGAAACGGAGGAGGUUUCAAUGGUAGCGCUUUCUGGAUGUAUUUGGUUGCAGGCAUUUGUAAUGACAUUAGAGACAAAUUCCUUUACAAUAUUGCAACAUCUUGCUGUAUGGGGAAACUUAGCUGCCUUCUAUAUCAUCAACUGGAUCUUCAGUGCCAUUCCAUCAUCAGGGAUGUAUACAAUUAUGUUUCGCUUGUGUAGACAGCCAUCUUAUUGGAUGACAAUGUUGCUCAUAGUUGCAGCAGGGAUGGGUCCGAUUCUAGCGCUGAAGUACUUCCGGUAUACUUACAGACCAAGCAAAAUCAAUACACUUCAGCAGGCUGAACGGUUGGGAGGGCCUAUCCUGUCGAUUGGGAGCAUUGAACCACAACCAAGAACCAUAGAAAAUGAUGUUUCUCCGUUAUCAAUAACUCAACCCAAGAACAGAAAUCCAAUUUUUGAACCUCUACUAUCAGAUUCACCAAAUUCUACUAGAAGGUCUUUUGGUUCAGGAGCACCUUUCGAUUUCUUUCAAUCCCAGUCCAGAUUGUCUACUUCCAACUACUCAAGAAAUUGUAAGGACAACUGAUUUGUACAAUUCAUUUAGCGGGCAUUAAAUCAAACACAACUCAUUAUACGUGCGGAAAGUUGAACUGUAGUAUCGAUUUUUUUGUAAAUCAAGCAUUGUACGUAGCAGGUAACGAUGUCAAUACACCUCGAUUAAAUUAAACAGAGUAAUAUUUUCCUUUUUCAGGAUAGA